AUGGCAUCCGAAAGCCCAGCUUCGCAGGCGAGUACUCCGGCAGGCGACAAACCACGCAACGUCUUGGCCUGCGUCUUUUGUCACCAGCGCAAAAUCAAGUGUGACCGCAAAUUCCCCUGCGCGAACUGCAUAAAGUCUGAUCAACCGUGUGUCCCGUCGACACGAGCACCACCAGGAGCGGGUAGAAGACGCGUAGUGAAAGACCUGUUGGAACGAUUAAAUCAGUGUGAGAGUCUGUUGAGCCAGGUAGCUCCGCGCGAUGCAGAUGGAUGCCCCGUAAAUCCCGAUACGCCGGGUUCCUCACGCGAUGUGGCGGACAGCCCGGCAAUGUCCCACAUAAGCUACGAAGAGGCCCGGAAACAACCCAGCUCGAGACCAAAUGGCAAGAUUGUCUGCGAUGAAGGCCGACCAACUUUUAUGGAAAACCCAUUCCGCGGAAAUGUUAUUGACCACCUCCAUUUCUCCAAGCUCAGUCUCUACGACAAUGACACCGAGAAAUCAACGAAUCCGUCAGGUUUUACCAGCGUCUCAGAACGCGGCGAUGUAAUUCACCAAAAGUCUAUGGAUUUUGACAUAUUAGCCCUAGGGCCAGUUGAGAUCCUGCGCCUGUGGCAAGUAUUUCUAGAACGAGUCAACCCCAUGAUCAAGGUCAUCCACGUCCCUAGCUUGGAACCUCUAGUCUUCGAAGCAGCAACAGACCGCUUCAACCUGAGCUCGAACCUCGAGGCUCUACUCUGUUCCAUCAACGUCGUUGCAAUCAUGGCUCUGUCGGAAGCAGAAUCAAUCCAGAUGCUCAAUGUCGAAAAGGAAAAAGCAUUGCGGAAUUCAAUGUCUGCACUAAAGAAAGCCAUGUCCAAAGUGGACUUCUUACGAAAGUAUAACAUGACCACUUUGCAAUGCUUAGUGCUGUACUUGGUAUCUCUCCAGGGGCAAUUCGAUCGCCAUGCCGCUUGGGUGUUGACCGGCAUGCUCGUCAGGAUAGCGCAGAGAAUGGGCCUUCACCGUGAUGGAGAUCUCAUAGGUCUGCAACCCUUCGAGACCGAGAUGCGCCGCCGUAUCUGGUGGCAGAUCAUCAUGCUGGAAACAAAAUAUGCCGUCCUCGCAGGCUUUGGCGACACACUCCUCCCACCCAACUGGGACGCAAAACUGCCAUCAAAUGUCAACGACGUCGACCUGCUACCCGGCUCAGCAGAACCCGUCAAGUCUCGUGACGGAGUAACCGAGAUGGCAUUCUGCCUCAUGCUCUACGAAUCGCGCGCCUUCUUCUGCGACAACCCCAUGCCCGAGUUCGAAGCAGUUAUCCUCAGCGGGGAGAAAAUCAGCCCAGAAACUUCGAGAAAGUUCUCCGGUCAGCCACUCGACAAGUACAGACUUCUCGUCGACCAAUACGACGAGAGGCUAGCUGCGGCGGAACGGCGGUUCUGCAAUCCGAGUGCUGGUGGGAUACACCUCGUGGCGAGCAAGAUCCGAUCCUUCACGGCGCAGAGGCUGCGUGACAUGAUCAUGCACGCGCGGGAGCCCUGGGACGAGAACAAAGACGGCGGAGCGAGCCAGCAAUCCUUCUUCCGCGCGUGGGUCAUCUCCUUUGAGAGCGACGUCAGCUGGUACGACACGAUAGACGACAAGUUCACCUGGUACCUGAAACUACACUUCCAAUCCGACGCUUUCUCCGUCAUGAUUGAGCUCCUGCAGUGGCAGCCUGUCGGAACCCUCGUCGAUAGGGCGUGGAAGGCGAUUGACCGGCUCUUUCACCACCACCCGGAAAUGUACGACAUGAGCAGGAGGGACAACAUGUUGCGCGCAGAGAACCUGCUUGCGGGUUGG